UUUCACAAACGUUUGAUUUACUUGGAGUUAUAUUGUGUUGUUUAAGUGUUCCCUUUAUUUUUUGAGCAGUGUGUAACAGUCUGGAAAUGGAUACAAAGCCAUUUCUAAGGCUUUAGGACUGCAGCAAACCACAAAUGGAGAUACCUUGCAACAUUGAUGAACCUUCUGAGUAGUGGCUGUCCUACCAAAAUUACUCAAAGACUGCAUCAAUGAGUCAUCCAGGAGUCACAAAAGAACCCAGAACAAAAUCUGAAGCACUGCAGGCCUCAUUUGUCUUGGUUAAGGUCAGAGUUCAUGACUCAACAAGAAUGAGAUUGGGCAAAAAUGGCAUCCAUGGGAGAGUCCAAAGGCCAAAACCACUGCUGACCAAAAAGAACAUAAAUGCUUAUCACACAUUUGCUAAAAAUCAUCUUGAUGCUGUCCAAGGUUUUAGGGAAAAUAUUCUGCUGACUGUUGAAACAUCUUCUUGGAAGCUGUAAAACAUAUCACAUUUGGCAUAAAACUAACAGCAUUUCAGAUGAGGAAAAUCAUGCUGCCAAUCAAACAUGCUGGUCUGAGGCUGCUUUGCUUUUUCAUUACCAGAAUGACUUGCAGUAAUUGAUAGAGGCAUGGAUUCUCCUCUCUAGCACAAAAUCCUGAAGGAGAAAUGUCUGUGACGUUAAGCUGAAUUGUUCUUAGGCUGUGCAAUAAGACAAUUAUCCAAAGCAUGCCAGAAACAAAAACACCAAAAAAACAAAUUGAAAGUUCUGGACUGACCCGAAGUUCCUUUACGGCAAUGUUAAAGACUCAUUGCCAGAUAUUGUUUAAUGGCUGUUGUUGUCAACAAGGUUGGCACCACCAGUAAUUAGGUUAAGUGGGUAUGUACUGUUUCACAUGAGGAAAUGUUGGCUUCCCUUGAUAAAGGAAAUCAUUUGAAAACAUGUUUUGUUAUUUCCUCAGUUCAGCUUUGUCUUAUAUUAAAAACAAUUUGAAACAAGUGUGACAAAAAGGCAAACAGAAGAAAUCUGUAAAGGUGGAAAUCCUUGUUAAGGCCACUUUUUUUUUGAUUGAUAGCUCAGAACCAUUACAAAAAUUAGAAGUCCUUCAAAUGUGGAUUCAGUGAUGUUGCACUGAGAGAAAUCCCAACCAGGAAGCUUAUGCAGCAAGAAGCCCAUGCUCGGACGUCAUGCAUCAUCCAUCGCUUUUACACAUUUUACACGUUACAUGUGUACUUGUUUUGUUUAGCAUCUCCUCAAUUACUUUUUAAUAUGUUGUGCAGUGUGUUGUCAAAAAUCUGGACAUGCAGCACAGCACUUAAUCAAAGAGAAAUCCCUCAAGUGUCAAGUGAGAUCGGACAAACCUCCAAACACCAAUUGUUUGUAAUAAAUCAAAUUGUGGUAAUGUCAUUAAAUAAACAAAGCCGAUGGCUUGCUUUUUUAAUCUAGCUCUUGUAGUGUAGUGUUCCAAGUGGAGGAUGUAUCAUGGAACCAGAAGCAGUGUCAAAAACCUUCAACUCUCCAUCACUUCACCAAGAGAUUCAUCCAGAGUGAUAAACGCAGACACACAUCUGUUAUCCUUUUUUCUUUAUCCCCCCUGGGGACCUUGCACCUAUCUUCACAGUUUCUUCUGAAGUGUUGCCUUGCCUUACUUGCUACCAGAGUUAGGUAAACACAUUGCAUUGGCCUGUAGAAAUACAUGAAGUGCUGACUUUUUAAUGGCAAAUAAAUAGCUUUUUAUUUGCUAAUAGAUUGAAACAGCAGACAUAUUAGCAGCAAUUUACAACAGAUGGCUUUUAGGGUGUGGCUAACACAAAAACUCUCAACUAGGGCAACAACAGGAAGAGGGAACCCAUGAUGAUCAUUUAAAAAUGCUGUUAGUGGGGCCCCAAAGUUAUACCUGCAAUUGGAAUAUCCAUAAGCAUAACAAGUGAACAUGUAAAUAUGACCUUUUUCACCCAAAAAUAACUCAAAAAUGAUGUCAGAAAAAUAUUUAUGAAUCACUUGCAUUAUAACUUCUCAAUUAGUAUGCUUUUAAAUUAUAUAACAGAAACUGUCUUUUAAUAGCUUUAUUUUUCUAAAAAAAAAAAAAAAGAUCAAUUACACAAUUAACAAAAAUCUACUGAACUAGUCACAUUAUUUCAUUUGGGUGUUUCUCACCAAACUAAGAGGAUAUCCACUCCCUUUCAGGAAAUCUGACUUUCUUAUGAACCCAGCUGCUGUCUAUGACUAAUAUGUGGGCACACAGCCACAGGUCUGAUGAAUGGCCCAUUUUGGGUGUCACAGUAGGAGGGCCCGGUGAGAACAAAUACCUUAAUGAUGAUUUAAUUCCAUUCAGCAGCUUCAUCACUGUCAAGUUUAAUAUUACCUUAGCCCAGCAAAGGCCUAUUUAUUAAAUCAUUUUUAAAAAGACUGUUAUUUUGACUUGUAUUGUUUGUAGACUCUUCCCACAUAAAUGUAUUAAUACAUAAAUAAAUUAUAUUACAUACAGUUACAAACAUUCAUUAUGAAAUGUUCAAACCCAGCCAAUCAGCUUUAUUAGCCAGGUUUGUGCACACAAGCUGGAAAUUGGGUUUGUUUUUGUGCUCAGGACUAUUUAGCAAAUAUUUGUUAUUAUCAACAUAUUCAAAUAAAUUAAAGCUGUAGUGACAGUAAGCAGGAUUUUUCAGACAUUUAAAAUAAAGACGCUUAAUAUAAAGUCAAAUUAAUGUGGGUAUUUAAAAGAAUCAUAUACAACAUGCAUCUUAAAUUAUUGUUAAAAACAGGAUAUGGGUGCCCAAGUUUGAAUUUAUUGUGGAUUUUCAGUUGCAGCAGGAUUGAGCUUUGUUAGUUCCUGGGUUGUUUUUGAACAUCCUGACUAAUGAUUUAUGUUUAUUUCUGAGGGUGACAGUUUGGGUCAGAAAGUUGAGAUUUGGACACAGUUAAAUGUUUACAUAGAAUAGUGAUGUCGAACACACCCAAACUGGUUUUGGAUGCUUAGAAUUCCUGAAUUACCUUCCCAAAGGCCUGACCUCAAACGUGUAGAAAAUGUGUUGACUAUGCUUAAAAGCUGAGUCUGUGGCUGGAAACCAAUAAAUCUGAAUAUUUCUGAUUAGAGAUGUGGUUAGAUGUCUUGGUAGAAUAAUGGCAGUAGCUAAUUGAUAUCUGCAAACGUGUGGUUGUGGUGUGAUUUGCUAAAGUACAUUAUAGUGGAGGGUUGUGUUUAGACCUGUCCAGGGUGUACCUGCUACUCUACCCUUUGAUAAAGACAAGAAAAAUGUCCAGCUGAUAAAUGCCAGAACCACAUUCCUUGGCUUAGACGAGAAAAACUUGUUCACAAACCACAAAGCUAUGGUAACUAUAAUGCAUACAAUCACAGUCACGACAGAGGACAGACAUUAAGCAUCAUGACUUUGUUCAAUACAUUCAAAGUUACAAUAUUUACAGUAUUUCAUCCUGAAACAUACAGUACAUUCAUUAAUUUACCAAAACAGUCUUAAUGAAACAUUUACACACACUAAAGUCAUUUUGUCCUAUUUGUCGUUUGUUUCACAUGAAAAGAAAUUUCAAAUAUUCAAAUUUGUAGGCACUUUCUGUAAAGGAAAUGUUGCAAACUCUCAAACAACCCAUCUUAAUUCCUGGUUGUGAGGCAAGAAAACAUGAAACAUGCCAACGAGGGUGAAUACUUUUGCACGUCACUAUAAGUGACUACUUGUAACUAUUCCGAAAUGCUUUUUAAUUUAACUUUUGGAGUAGCAUGUGCCUCUGUGCCAGGAGGGUGUGUCCUCACUGUGCAGCCAAGUAUUUAAAGAAGUUCCUGACUUAAAGCACGGUUCACAGCAAACAGAAUAUUUCUUCCAGAGUCUGCAUUAUCUUUCUGCUCCAACUGAACUGAGAUGCCAGCAGUGACUCCCUCAGUUAGAGACAGAUCUGCUGUAGGUCGGUUCCCAACUGUCACUCUUUCAUUUGUGGAGGAUGUUGAGGAGGAAAAAGAAGAACCACGAGAGAAUGAUGUUAACAAAGAGAGUGCCUGUCAGCGCUGGCUGCGUAAGGCAUGUCCAUGCUGUUAUAAACAGCCAAGCGAUGACGACAUGGCGGAGACAGUGGUCACAGAGGUUGAUGAUCCAGAUAAAGAGGAGGAGGCAAAUGGAAAGAAGCCAACAACUGGGGAAGUCAAUAUCAAUGAACUUCUGCUGAAAGUUCGAUCGAUAGAUCUGAUGAAAAGCAAAACAGGAGAUAACCUUGUGGAACAUCACACGAAUCUCUACCAAGAUUAUAAGUUCAUCAUCCGCAGAGGACAGACUUUCCAGAUGUGGAUGACCUUGUCCCGACCUUUUAACCCCAAAUCAGACAAGCUUCAUCUUGAACUGAAAACAGGACCCCUCCCUGCAGUGUCAAAGGGAACCCAUGUCAUUGUCCCUCUAGUGGAGGAGCUGGAGGACGGUCGCUGGGAGGCUGCGGUUGUCAAGCAGGAGGACAGGAGGAUAAAGCUGUGUGUGAAUUCGCCACCCACAGCUGUCAUUGGCAGAUACCAGCUCACUGUGGGAACAACUUGUGCGAAUGGCCAGGACACUUUUACACACGACCCUGCCAAUGACAUCUACAUGUUGUUCAAUCCCUGGUGUGAAGAUGACUCCGUUUUCAUGGACUCUGAAGCAGAGAGGCAGGAGUAUGUGCUUAACGAUGUCGGAAAGAUCUACUACGGCACAGAGUAUCAGAUUGGAGCGAGGACAUGGAACUACGGACAGUUUAAUGAUGGGAUCCUUGCUGCUUGCCUCUUCAUCCUGGAAAGGAGUCGGACUCCAAACUCUGGUUGGGGAGACCCAGUUAAUGUGACACGAAUCCUCUCAGCCAUGGUAAACUCCCCUAAUGACCUUGGUGUUAUAGAAGGAAACUGGUCAGGAGACUAUUCACUGGGAACGUCCCCCACUGUGUGGAGUGGAAGUGUGGAAAUCAUCAAUGAAUACUAUAAAAACAAGGGCACACCCGUUAAGUACGGCCAGUGCUGGGUCUUUGGUGGUGUCUUUACUACAGUGUUGCGGUGUUUAGGCAUUCCUGCUCGAACGGUGACCAACUUUAGCUCAGCACAUGAUACAGAUGUCUCCUUAACAACCGAUGUCUACCUGGACGAGGAAAUGGAGCCUAUAACCUAUCUUAAUACAGACUCUAUCUGGAACUUCCAUGUAUGGACCGAUUGCUGGAUGGCUCGUCCAGACUUGCCUCCUGGCAACGGAGGCUGGCAAGCUGUUGAUGGCACGCCACAGGAAACCAGUCAGGGCACAUUUCGCUGUGGCCCUGCUUCCCUCGCUGCUGUCCGCAAUGGUCAGGUCUACCUCAAACAUGACAGCGCCUUUGUGUUUGCUGAGGUGAAUAGUGAUAAAAUAUACUGGCAGAAGAUCAAAGAUGGUACCUUCAGUCAAGUCUACAAUGAGAAAAACGCUGUGGGUCACUCUAUCAGCACCAAGGCUGUGGGCUCAGAUGAACGCAAUGAUAUCACACACCUUUACAAACACCCAGAAGGGUCAGAGGAGGAACGUAUUGCUGUGGAAAUCGCAUGUCGCUACGGCUCCAAAGCAGCCGCCUACUCAUCUCCAACAGCCGAAGAUGUCACUGUAGAAGUGAUCUUGGAGGGUGAUGGUCCCAAAAUUGGGGCGGAUGCAGAGUUGACUAUAAGGUUGAAGAAUAUGAGUUCAGAGAAGCGUACUGUUACCUUGCACAGCCAGUUAGCUAUCAUGUACUACACUGGAGUCUACAAAGAUACAGUGAAAAAAGACAAAGCAGAUGUGGAACUUCUGCCUAACGAGGAAAAUGAUUUGGCUUGGGAAUUGGAGUACAACAUGUACAAGGAUCAGGUGAUAGAUCAGGCCGCCCUGAUGCUAACACUUUCAGGCAGGGUUAAAGAAACUCAGCAGGUCCUGGCCACCCAGUUCAGCUUCCGACUCAGGACCCCAGACCUCAUCAUAAAGCCAAUUGGAAAGGCUGUUGUAGGGGAGAUGAUGGUAGUGGAGAUUUCUUUUACAAACCCUCUACCCCAGGUGCUGAAAGCAGUAAUAUUUCACUUGGAAGGAACAGGCCUUCUAGCUGCAAGGAAAAUUGAAUUUGGAGAUAUUGGCAGACAUGCCUCUGUCUCCCUCGUACAGGACUUUGUCCCCGGCCUUCCCGGACCGAGGAAAUUACUGGUUUCUUUAGACUGCAAGCAACUCACACAGGUUCACGGCGCCAGUGACAUCACCGUGGAGGACAAAAGCAGCGUGGCUUCAUAGGGAUCUGCAAACUUUUGACUAUGAAUUACUCAUUAUAUUUUAGGAUGAUUUUAUCUUUUUUCUCAUGAACUCUUUUUUCCAUUUACUUAUAUGUGAAGCCAGUAGUCAGAUCUACCUAUGGAUUACAUUGCAGCACUGAUUAAAUUUGCAAAAGAAUUGUAAACUGUCAGCUAAUUUAAGGAAAUCUGGUGAAAAUCUGAUAUGAGCUUAAAAAGAACUGAUGCUUUUAAUAUUACAUGAAAACCAGUAUUAGUUUGCAUCAAACUCCUGAUCCCGGGGAUGCAACUUUGUGCAGCCCAACAAUUUAAAUGUAAUUAUAAAUGCUGUUUAAAAAAUGACUAUAAUAGGGGCAGAGGUUGGAAUGAGGAGUAGCUUUGAUCAAGGAAAUAUGCGUUUGUAAAAACAAGCUUUGUAUUUAAGUUUUGUUUUAUAUACAUAUUUGCAAUCUAUUUAUUUGAUUAAUUUACCAUGAAUUAAAAAUAACAUCUACAGUACUCCCUGUUCUGAGUAAGUUUGUAUUAAUAAAAGCAACAGUUCACAGA